AGAGAGAAUUCGAUUUUUUUUUAGCUGUGUAUAUAUUCUUACGAAAUUAUUUUCUGUUCCCAUUAUUAAAUGUGAAAGUGCAUGAAAAUAAAGAGUCGGAAAAAAUUUUCUAUUUAACUGUAGUUUGAAAUAAGCAAUUAUUUAAUAUUUAUUCUUUUCUAUAUGUAUAAUGUGUUAUGGUUUAUGUAUUUAAAUUAUAAUUAAAGUGUAAUUGUAUAAAUUGGUGUUCUAUCCUUUACAUCUAGAAAUACAGUGUGCUGUAAAUUUUGUUAAUUUACAAUGGUAUAUUGGCUACCAAAGAAACGUUUUAAAAAGAGAUAAGAAGCUUAAUCUGCAUUACUAAGUCUAACAUUGGGAAAUAUCAAGAAAUUUUAAUCUUUAAAUUACAAAUUUACUACAAAAUAUAAUUAUAUUGAUGAAAUCAUGGAUAUAGUUACACUUUAGCAGAUAUAAAAAAUGGUUUUCAUUAUAUCAUUAAUACGCAUACAAAAGAAUUAUAUUAAUGGGGAAAUUAAAAAUUACCUUAUGUUUGAUAGCUACUAACAAAUAUGCAGACAACUUAUCUACUAUUAGCAGCAAUGUUACCUUUCAUCGUUUUUGAUAUUUGGUAUACAGGAAUAUAUUUGUUUUGGAUGAUAAAGGUAUCAAUAAUUACAUAUCUUAUUAUAUUUGGGCUUUUGCCUAUUAUAUUUCACUACUCCUACACCAUACAAAAGAAGAUUCUUUUUUUAAAUUUUGUGCAAUGGCCACUUAAUGUAGAUUUUUCAAAACCAGAGUCAGUUGGAAUGAAAGGAACAAGAAAUUUUUAUUUAAAAACUGAUCAACAAGUAAAAAUAGGGCUAUGGCAAAUAUUACCUCAGUCUUUAUUAAAUGAUUCAACUAUUAUAACUGAUGAUGAUUAUGAGGCUGUGUUAAAAAAUACUAAACAACCAAUUUUCCUUUAUAUGCAUGGUAAUAGUGGUAAUAGAGCAAGUAACCAUCGUUUAGAAUUAUAUAAACUUUUCCAGAAUUUAGAUUAUCAUGUUGUAUGUUUUGAUUAUAGAGGCUAUGGUGAUAGUGAAGAAGCAGAACUGUCUGAAAUGGGUGUAGUUAAUGAUAGUAAAUCUGUACUUGAAUGGUUGUUAAAAAUAGCAAAUGGCACAGCCCCUGUUUUUGUAUGGGGACAUUCGUUAGGAACUGGAGUUUCUGUUCAUGUAUUGGCAUUAUUAGCAACAGAAAAAAUUCAGCCUGCAGGCUUAUUUUUGGAAUCACCAUUUAACAAUAUAGCAGACGAAUUAAGUGAACAUCCUUUAGCACAGAUAUUUAAACAUUUACCAUGGUUUCAUUGGGUAAUUGUUGAACCAUUUUAUAAUAAUUAUCUUCGUUUUGAAUCUGACAAACAUAUAAAAAAGAUUCAGUGUCCUAUUAUGAUAUUGCAUGCAAAAGAUGAUAAUAUUAUUCCAUUUGCACUGGGUGAAAAGUUGUUUGAAGCAGCAAUAAAUUAUCAUGGAAAUAAUACAAAUCAGAUUCAGAUGACAAGAAUUGAUGCAUCACAUGGUCUUGGACACAAAUACAUAUGUCGUUAUAAAGACUUACCUAAUAUAAUUAAAUCAUUUGUAUAUGAAGCACACAAAAAUCAAACUGAUUAAAUUAUAUAUCAAAAUUUCAGCAUAUAUAUAUAUAUAUAUAUAUAUAUCUUCACAUAAACAUUUUUUACAUUAAAUAUUAGUAGAUAAUUAAUAUAAAUAAUAUUUUUCAUGCUUUAAUUCUUAUAAUAUAUAAUAUUUUAGUGAAAUGUGUAAAAUUUAUUUAUUGUACAAUUGCAUUUUUUUUUUAAUCAAAUAAUUUUCACUUAUUGUUUAUGUCCUGUAUAGUACAAAGUCUAUUAAACUCUAAAUGCAUUCAUGAUAUAAAUAAAGAAAAUUUGUACUUCUUAUACAUGGGAAGAUAUAAUGAUAUCAAAGUUAAUGCUGUGAUAGUUAUUCAAAUAUCAUCAAUAUAAUAUUAUUGUCUUAUAUUUUUCAGUUAAUAUAAUAUUUAUAAAUCAA